AUGGAGGAUAUCCUCAAUGAGAUCAUUUCGUUAAGUGAGAAGAAGAAGCGAGGGGGGAAGUUGCCUACCCAAGGGGGGGGGGACCAUCAGGCUGAUAGCCAAACUGAGGUCAGCGAGGGGAAGCCUCACAAGGAGAAGCAUCAUGGGGAGAGUCGUCACGGGGGGAAGGCCCACAAACGGGGCAGUAAGCAGCAAGUGGGAGAAGACCUACCGACUGGGGUUGUUCCCCCCUCCACUGAGGGUGCCCCCCCGUCCAGCGCGUGGGACUCCUCCACCGUGUGUUCCGUGGAUGAGGACAUGAGCGCGGAGAAGGCUAGCCUGUUCAGUCGGAUAAUCAGUGAGCGGAGAAGGACGACAGGAUGUAGAAACGAAGACGACGAGGAGGGAGCGCUCUUUGGGGACAUCGAGCAGGGCAUCCAUCGGGACACACAUCACAACACGCACACAUGCGUAGACGGUCCGUACACUUCCGUGGACGGUACGCACGACUGUCCAGUGGACGAGCGCACCCCCCUGUGCCAAAAGUCCAGCAAUUUCAAUUCCUACCUCCUCACCGUAAAUCAGAUCAACACAGAUAUCUCAUCCAUAUAUAAAAACAUCGACAAAAUAAACUCGUGGAAACAGAAAAUCGAUUUCAACAUUUACGACACAGAGGAGCUCAACGGGAAAAUCAACUCAACGAUAUCGAAUACAGAGGAUAUCAUUUCUCAAGUUAUGAAAAAUAUCUUCCAUUUAAAUGAGGAGAAUAAGCAAUUCGAGACAGGUACCAAUCUGCUCAGCGAAAUUAAACUCCGCACAAAUAUAUUCAUAGACAUCGUCCAAAAAUACAAGGCCUGUAUUAAUAAGUAUAAAAAUGUCUGUCAUCAUUAUUAUGAACAUGUUAAUGCGAAUUUGCUGAAACAGUAUAGGUUGAUAUGUCCCAGUGUGACGGAUGGGGAAGAGGCAGGCGGGGGAGGGAGGAGGAGGAAGGGAAUGGCAGGGAGGAACACUACGUCAGGGGGGAAAGUCUGCAAGGGAGCAAGAGCCGACUUAGCUGACAUGGAACAAUUUUUUAAUAUGCAAAAAAAGAACAGAUACAGUAACUUAACGGAGCAUAGACCCCCAGACAAUGCUGAUGGGGUGAACAUACAAAAGAUGAGAAAAAGAUACAAAGAGCUGAAGACACUGGAGAAGAACAUCUCCGCACUGAAUGAUCUCUAUAUCGAGCUAGCCUAUGUGGUAAAAAAAAGGACCAACUAUAUUAAUAGCAUAGAGAAUAAUGUAUACCAAGUGAAGGACUACACGGAUGACGCGCUGAACAACAUUGUUGCCGCGAAGAAGUACAAUGCCCUCGUGAAACGGAAGAUUUUUUACUUCAGCGUCUUCCUCCUUGUCGUCGCCCUUAUCAUUUUGUUCCCCGUUUUUUUCAACUACUCCGCUUAUGGGCGGGGUGGCAGAAGAGCUCAGCGGCGUUGA